AUGGGUAAAACCAACAAAAGUAGCCUUGAAUCUCUUAAUGCUUUCACCAAUAAUUCAACCCCUACUCGUCGUCACUCAAUGAUGAUGGCAAUGGGAAACUUUUCAGUGAAACAGAAAGCAGUUGCGCGAAAAAAUCGUCCAGCCGCUGAAAUUCCAUCUGGUUUCGACCCAACUAUAGUUUAUAGACCACGUUUUGGUCUCCACGCUCUAAUUAGCACUACCAAAAAACCACGCUUAACGGAUAAACCUCCUCGUCCGCCAAACAGUUUCUUCCUUCUUAAAAAUUGUCUAUUGCUUGAAUUAUGGGAUUUAGGAUUAAAACCCACGAUGCCAAUAGUGUGCAAAUUGGCCAAGGAAGUGUGGAAAAACGCGCCUCAAGAAACUAAAGAAACUUACGAUAGACUUUCCACGGAAGCUCUUAAAAUUCACCAUUCCAUGUAUCCAAAUUACAAAUUUCAACCAAAAAGAACGGACAUUACAAAAAGUAAGAAAUCGACUCCUAAUACAGACACCGCCGGAAUGAUAACAACUUUUAGCAUCAAUCCCAAUCCCAUUUGCCCUACGAUUACUGUUUCUGCGGAAAAUGAAUCGGAAAUUUUCGAUCAACAAUUGAGUUCCGAUUCUGAUAGCGGCUACUCUGACGCAGCUUUUACUUCGCCAAUGUCUUCUCCAUUUGCUCAAUCUAUCAAAAAAUUUGAAUUAGGAAUUUUCGAUUUUGCGUGCUUGGCACCUGAAAUUGGAAGCACAUCAAGUCACAACAUAUCUAAUGACAUCAUACCAGCUAAUUGUAACAUCGAUUAUACCCUCUCCGAAAAUUCGGCGCUUAACGAUACCGAAUCCUUUUCAAAUCUCUCUACAACUUUUAUAAAUCAAGGAUUUCCUAUGAGCGAUGAACAAUUCUUGGCAUUUUUAGAUAAUUCUUUUUAUCCAUCACAAUUCGAAACAGCUUUAUCACUUUUUUCUGAUACAGCAACCUCUCAAACAUUGAAUCAUUUCUCUGAUCUUGAUGAAGUUCUAUAG